AUUUUAGUUGGUGUUCGGGGGAUCGACAGCAAAGCGCAGCAAGCAGCUGAUUACAUAUUCCCGAACUUAUCAGCCACACACACACAGUUCGGCUUCAGUAGCAAUCAAUCCGUGCUUGUGUUCAUUCAAAGUCAGUGUGGAAACCCUCCUCUCGGACAAACGGACACGGCCUACCGUUUAACACCCGCGACAAGAUGGCAAUCGCCAUGCUCCGUUCGAUCUUACUGAUGAUCAGUGCUUUGGUGGUGACAUUUUCGAUCGAGCCUUCGGCGUCGCAACCGCAGCAACACCAGCGAGAACAAGCUACGCCCCCCGUUUGGGAGGUGACCACGUUGUGUAGUAUACCGAAUGAGGACCAACAGGGCGUCUGUCGGCCACCGGAAGAAUGUCGCGCUUAUGGAGCCAUCAACGAUCCGGCCAGUCUGAGUUCCGUGGGAAGGCUUAGCUUUUUGAAGCAGGUUCAGUGCAAUGCAACGGCGAGUAUCGGUUUGGAACAAAUCGCAGUAGGCGGUGUUUGUUGUCCACGCUCGGGAAGCUACAGAUCACCGACGCUAAACGAAAGCCUACCGAGACGGAUGCGGCCAAAAUCGGCGGUGGUGCAUUCCCGCUUCGGAGACGACGAGACGUGCGGAUUCCAGACGUAUGUGGCGAAAAUCCGGGGCGGCGAGAUUGCCAACAUCGACGAGUUUCCCUGGAUGGCGAUGCUGCUGUACGAAGCCCGCGACUCCAGCUCGGUGAUCCACGGCUGCGGCGGUGCCCUGAUCAGUAGGAACUUUGUCGUCACGGCUGCACACUGCGUCACGGGACGGGAGUACGACACCAAGGGACCACUCAAAUUCGUCCGGCUGCGGGAAUACAACGUGUACGACGAUCCGGACUGUGUGAUCGAGCAGAACUUCCAGGACUGUUCGGAGGAGAAAUUCGACACGGCACCGCUCAACAUUUUGGUUCAUCCGCAGUACGACCAUGACGGCCGCAACAAACACCACGACAUUGCGUUGAUCGAAAUCGAAUCGAGCCCACCGUACUCGGAUUUCCUGCGACCGAUCUGUCUGCCGGAACCGGAACUGGACAAUGGUGCGACCGAGGGCAAAAAGCUGAUCGUCUCGGGCUGGGGCCGAACGGAUAUCUUUCGCAAACAGCUCGGCAAUAACGCGCUCAGUCCGAUCAAGCUGAAGGUAGUCCUACCGUACGUGGAUUCGGAUACGUGCCAGAAAGUUUUUCGACCGCAACGGCUGGAAAUCGGAUCGGGCCAACUGUGCGCCGGCGGUCAAAAGGCGAAGGAUACCUGCGGCGGUGACAGCGGCUCCCCAUUGAUGCACUACGACGUUACGAAGGGUGUCUGGGUGCUGACGGGGAUCGUCUCGCUGGGGGUUCGUGACUGCGGCACCGAAGGUAUCCCCGGUGUCUACACCAACGUGCGGGAGUAUCUGGACUGGUUGAAGGAAAAUGCGCGGUUGUGAGCCACGAUCGAACUUGAUAUGUCGAAUAUGAAUGGUAAAGAAAAAAUGUUCUAUCGUU